AUGGUGAUAAACCGGAACCUCGGGGUUUACCCUACUGUUUUUGUAUGUGUUUGUUUACCCAUCUUUAGGAUUUCCCCUUCCGUUUUUCUCGUUUUUGAUUUGUUUUUUCUUUUGCCUCUUCUGAAUUUAUUAAAAGGUAGAAUUUACCCCUUUCUUUUUUUAUUUUCGGCUUUGUGUAGACAAUUAACAUUUAUGGCGGUGAAUGGCAGCGGUGAUUAUUACCAUGGCCUUCGCAUUUAUCCCUUGCGCGAUGUGCUCUCACGUGUGCCCCUGCCCUCUCUCUGCCCGCUGUCGGGAGUGUCACAGAAGUGGCGCUGUGUUAUUGUUCCAAAAAUUCAGGAGGCGAAGUCGCAAGACGCGGCAGAAGAAGAAAUUCUACGGUUUCUCGACAAGAAUAUUCCUUGUCUUCUUGGUCGGUGGCGUAGCGCUCCCGUUCACAGCGCUGUUGGCAGAGAUGGCAUGAAGUUUGUGAGGGAUCCGCGCUGGAACACAUUUCCCAAGCCAAAAAUAGCGUUCAAGGCGGGCUGGGCCGGUCCUGGCACUCGUAUGGAGUCACCCGAGUACCACCAGCUUGUUUCCUCCUUUGGUGAAAUAUUUGAUCACAGGGAUGCGACAUCACCGCAGAGAAGGAAAGAACCCGAAGUUCAUGUGGAUGACAAUGAAUUGGAGGAGGUUUUGGAUGAUGUCUCGGCGCCGAACAUUCUAAACUUGCAACUUUUUCAUCGCCAAGAUACUUCCAUCUGCCCACCGAUUCCAGUGCUGGGAGAAAAAUUGAUCUGGCCCCUGUUUUUGGAGGAUGGUGCUACUUGUGACAAUGCAAUGCGCCUGUCGCAGCGUGGCGCAGUGACAUGGUGGCACCUUGAUGACUCGGGGGAAUUUGUGGAACAAACUGCGUUGUCCCUGUGCGUUUCGGAGCACACGGUGACUCCUCCUCCGUUGGCAAAUUUGCCACAGAGCCAACUGGCAUACUUUGAAUCCAUUGACCGGGAAUUAUUCAGUGUGGAUGAGUUACCAGGGUGUGUUCCCGUGAAGCUUUUUCUGUAUGGACCAAAGGAAAGCUACGAUUGGUUUAUGCACGAUGAUGAGUCAAGUACUUCAGGGAAGGUGGCGGCAUUAAACAUAUUUGCCACACCAGAUGAGGCGCUUCCAAAUGAUGCGACGCUUUUGCCGAUUAUUCACGUGGCUGUCUUGGAAAGUGGCGGUCGUCCACUUAUUUCUCCUCCGAACAUUCCCCACAUUGUGAUCACCCUCAAUGACUGUGUCAUGGUCGAGCAACGCCGAAUUGCCUACCUUUUUUUGGAUGAAGUAUCUUACUUUUUGCAGAAGUGCGCCUUUUGGAGUGGAAACCCGAUCAUAUAUGAUCACAUUGAAAAGGAGCUACAAGAUGAAUCUUUUGUUGCUGGGCAACUUAUUCCCAGUAUGAUGCGUCUGUUCCAGGAACAUGAUGCUCUUAAUCCAUACGACGAAAUUAUUAGACGCCGCGUAGUCACGUCGCUUUUAACCAUUGCCAAACAUGAGAAACACUACAACCUGUCGCCGGACUCUAGACGCUCACUGGAGACUUUACUCUGUGGCGGCAGCGCAGAGAUGAGUGCCAUCCUUCAGCAGUUGACUUUGUACGGAAUGCGUGUCGUUUCCCUUGAGGAGCGCUUGAAAGGGUACUGGGAUGUGCAGCAGUAUUGGCCGAAGCCUGGAUGCGUACUGAAGGCUCCGCUAGUGACACCGCCACAUUUGCUUUCAAGGGAUCUUAUGGCGAAGGGUCACGGUGUCGAUUGGUUUCUCCCUGUUGUCUACGUCUCGUCCUCGCCUGUGUUUGGAUCAGAGAAGACUGCGAUGGAGGAUGUCGCUGCUGAGUACUUCUCUAUGGCAGGGCUUGCGAGGAGGCGAGGCGAUCUGCUGGCCUUUCUCCGGACACAUGGGAAAGAGAGAGACGAGCUACUGGACGAGCUGUUUUGA